GGGGGGGUUAGAUGGCAUCACUGUCAACUAUUCCUGCAAUCCAGCAAAGAGAUUCACAGAAUACAGGCUGCUUUCCAGAUAAUGAGCCAGCUAAUAUCGCUGCCAUAGGGAUCAGAACCAUCGUGGAUACACUGGAACGUUCCCAAACACACCACGCACUGGCUUUGGCUGCUGAUUGCGUGGCCUGUUUAGCACACACCUGCGCAGGAAUCAGUGCUGCUCUGGUUUCCAUAGAUGCAGAUGGCGUAUUAUUCCAACUCCUCUCCAGCUCAGUAGACCUGGUCCAGAGUUGUGCUGCUGUCGCACUUGGGUAUUUGAGCUUCAAUCAUGUAGCAGAGAGACAGUUCCUGAGAAGGUGCAGGAAGAAACCUCAUCUUGUUGGGAACCUGCUUCUCUAUACCAGAAAACACAAGAUAUCCCCAACGUUUUUGGCAAGAUGGAAGCACUCCCAAGAACUGAGACUGCCCCCUAUUCGGUAAGUUUGUUUACAGCAGCGGUGGCUAACCCACAGCAGGGGUGCCACAAGUGGCACAUGGCAGAUCAUGGGGAGGACAGGCAACACAGUGGCAGGAUGCAGGA